CCUUUUGAGAGAAUUGACCUCGAUCCAUCCACAAACCACGGGCGCUUGCCUGCUGCGUGCUGAGCGGAGCGGACGGCCGGGGCCGACGACGGCGCUGAAGGCGAGGCCCGAUCGUGUCUCCGAUAUAUAUAUUUGCCAUCGCCCGCCCGGUUCUCGUCAAGCCUUCCGGCCGGCUGAUGAUGGACGGCCUCCACACCGACCUCGCGCUGGGGCUGCUCGGGUGCGGCGGCGUCGGCGUUGGUAGUAGCGGACGAGGCGAGCAGCUCCAGACAGCGCCCUUCGUGGCCAAGACCUACCAGAUGGUGUGCGACCCGCGGACGGACGCGCUCGUCCGGUGGGGCAGCGAGAACAACAGCUUCGUCGUCGUCGACCCGGCCGGCUUCUCCAGGCUGCUCCUCCCCUGCUUCUUCAAGCACCGCAACUUCUCCAGCUUCGUGCGCCAGCUCAACACAUACGGGUUCCGGAAGGUACACCCGGACCGGUGGGAGUUCGCGCACGAGUCGUUCCUGCGUGGCCAGACGCACCUGCUGCCGCGCAUCGUGCGCCGCAAGAAGCGCGGCGAGGGAGCCUGCACCUCCUCCGGCGGCGAUGCGCAGGCGCAGUACGCGGCGGCGGCGGCCGGCUGCUGCAUCAGUAUGGGCGGCGAGGACCAUCGUACGGAGGGGGAGGCGGAGGCGGCGGUGCUCGAGGAGGUGCAGCGGCUGCGGCAGGAGCAGACGGCCAUCGGGGAGGAGCUGGCCCAGAUGAGCCGGCGCCUGCAGGCCACAGAGCGGCGGCCCGACCAGCUCAUGUCCUUCCUCGCCAGGCUCGCCGAGGACCCCGACGGCGUCACGCGCCACCUCGUCGAGCAGGCCGCCGAGAAGAAGCGCCGCCGCAUGAUGCAGCUCGCCUCCCAGCCCGUCCGCCGCCUCCCGCCUCCGCCUCCGCCACCGCCAGUACUCCACCACCCGCUGCUGGCGCUCGGAGGCGCCGCCGCCGCCGCCGCCAAGGGCCUGGACGGCGGCUGCCAAUGGGCGGAGCAGAAGAAGCCGUCUGUCGUGCUCACCGCCGCCUUCGAUCAUCCCGCCGCCAGCUACUGCGGGGCGCAGCAUGCUGUGCCGAAUCUCGGAGGCGGCAACGGCGGCGGCGGCAUCAACGGCAUGGGCCUGACCGCUGACGAGACCGCGGUAGAGACCACGACGACCCCCUUCCCGUUCUGCCUGCUCGGCCAGGGUUUCUUUUGACCCGGCCGCCCCCGUAAAUCAUGCACGUGCACGUUCUACCCGUACGUAGCCUCGCACCUGCUGCUCGAUCUGCACAUCAUCGUUCUGCUUCCUCUGCACAUCGCCAUGACAUCUGAUGUUAAUUAUCACAAAAUGAGCACAGGCUAUUAUUGCAUGCUACUACUGCAUGAUCUAUUGUAUGUAAUCAUGCAUUAGUUCUAGCGAUUAGCCCUUGCAUUUGUUUGGUUGGACCUGGACAUCAUACUAGCUAGUCGUCGUCGACGCGAGAGCGCGCGGCACACGCGCACUGUCAGUCGUCUGCCACUGCCCACAUCUUCGUGUCCUCCAGUGCUCUCAGGGGAUUAAACUAAGAUCGCCGCAAUUCGGCGCGCGUUACUUUCGCUGCAAAUUGACUUCUGUCUACCUGAAAUGACUCACUUUAGCUUGUUUACGCAUCAUAUGCGAUGCUGGCGUAUGUGAUAGUGGUAGUGGUACCCCGGUGGUGUGGUGGUGCAACCGCUCUAGCUAGUUUAUGCCUCGGAGAUGCUUUCCGCGGGGCCCACGGCUCAGCCAAUAGGAAGCCGAUGUGUAUCUAUUGGUCCAGAUGUCGGUUUCGGUUAUGAAAACCUUUGUAUU